ACUAAUUUUUUUUCUCAAUUAAACAUAAAUUUAUUUUCUUUAGUAUCGAUUCUUUUUGCAGUUGAACAAAAAUUUAAAAUUGUAUGUUACUUCACAAAUUGGGCUAUGAAACGUCCCGGUGGAGGUUCAAUGACACCUGAAGAUAUUGAUCCUUGUCUAUGUACACAUGUAAUAUAUGCUUUUUCUGAAAUGGAUAAUAAUCAAUUAACACCAAUGGAAAAACAUGAUUUGAAAGAUGGAAGUCAACCUGGCUUUUUUGAACGAUUUAAUGCUUGGAAAAGUGUUAAUAAAAAUUUAAGAACUUUACUUGCUGUUGGUGGUUGGGAUAUGGGAAUGAAAGAUUUUGCAGGUAUUGUUAAAUCUGAAAAAACAAUGAAAAAAUUUGCUGAAUCAACAGUAAAAUAUUUACGAAAACAUAAAUUUGAUGGUCUUGAUCUUGAUUUUGAAUAUCCCGGGGUUGAUUGGAGAGAUAGUCCGAGAGAAGAUAAACAAAAAUUUACAAAAAUGUGUGAAGUCUUAUAUGCAACAUUCGAAAAAGAAGCAGAAACUAGUGGUAAUGAACGUCUUCUUCUUACUGCGGCUGUAUCAGCAGCAAAAGUUAAUAUUGAUAAAGCAUAUGAAGUAGAUAAACUUGUUCCAGUAAUGGACUGGUUUAAUUUAAUGACUUAUGAUUUUCACGGAGCAUGGGAUCAAAAUCGUGCUCAUCAUUCAUCAUUGAAUAGUAAAGAUAAUGAAAAAGAUGAUACAAUGUAUAUUGAUUUUGCUGUGAAAUAUUAUCAAAAAUUGGGUAUGCCACCAAGUAAAAUAAUGUUAGGUAUAGGAACAUAUGGACGAGGUGAUACAUCAGCUAUGCCUUAUACAGGAUUUAAAGGUGAAAGUGGUUUUGUUGCAUAUUAUGAAAGUUGUAUUCAAAUUAUUUGUGAAAAAAUGAAAGAAACAUGGGAUGCAAAACAACUUGUUCCAUAUAUAGCUGGACCAUAUAAUCAACCGAAAGCUGGUGUAGAAAAUGUUCGUAGUAUGAAAUAUAAAGCAAAUUAUAUAAAACAAAAUAAUUUGGGUGGUGCGAUGAUAUGGACACUUGAUAUGGAUGAUUUUCGUGGUCAAUUUUGUUGUCAAGGAAAGUUUCCUCUUAUAAAGACAAUAAAAGCUGUUCUACAUGGACAAGUUAAAUUAUUGCCAAAAGAAAAAAUUUGUUCAUCUUGUCCAACAAAAGAAUAUAAAGGUAGAUAA